AUGCAUCUCUUAGUUUCUUGUCCAUUCGCUUGGUCAUGUUGGGAGUUCUCGGGACUUACUACUGUUGGCAGGGAGUCAUCAACCUUACUGUCGUGGCUGGAAGCUUCUGCUACUCGUGUGGAUAACGAGGCUUUAUGUAAAAUUGUGAUGAUAUGUUGGGCCAUAUGGUCAGCAAGAAAUGAUCUCAUAUGGCAGCAGCGUGUUCGAACGGUUCAGGAUGUGGUUGUGUUUGCAAGUUCGAGACUUGAUCAAUACAUAAAAGCUCAAGGGUGGGGGAAUAUUCCUUUGCUUUCACCUCUUAAAGAAGGUGAUGGCUUGGAGCGCUGGAUCAAACCGAAUUCAGGCAUCAAGCUCAAUGUUGAUGCAGCCACUUUCGAUCGUGAUUCCAAACAUGGGUUCGGGUGUGUGGUGAGGGAUAACAAUGGGGAGCUGCUUUCAGUCAUUGCAAGCUUCAAAAAUGGCAAAGUUUCACCCGAGCUAGCUGAGAUUAUGGGCAUUAGAGAGGCUUUAAGCUGGCUCAAGAGUAACAACUACACACGGGCAGUCAUUGAAUCUGACAGCUUGGUCUGUGUUGAGGCAAUUCGAAGUGCAGAAAGAUUUGCUUCUGGUUUCGGUUUAGUUGUGGAGGAGUGCAAAAAGAUGUUUAAAAGUUUGUCAAAUGUUUCAUUAUUCUUUGUUAAGCGUUCUGCGAAUUGUGCUGCGUAUUUUAUUGCCCGGCAUUCUAUUUCUUUAAUUGAACGUAUGUUCCCAAUUAACAGUGUUCCUGUGGAAUUGAUGUCUAUUCUGAAGAGCGAUUGCUCAAGUUAA